CGGCUGAAGACUACAUGUCCCGGCGGCCCCCGCGCCCGCCGCUCGCGGAGAGAAGAUGGCGGCCGCCACGGAGCGCGUGGCGGGAGCGGCGCCGGCGGGUUACACGGCUCUGGCGGUGAAGUUCGGGGAACGGCAGCGUUCGCCCCAUUGCUUGUUGGUGAAGGAGCACCAGGUGCGGGAAGGGGCCGACACGGCGCACCCGCCUCGCCGCACGCUCUUCGUCCUCAACGUGCCCCCGUACUGCGGCCCGGAUUCUCUGUCUAGGCUGUUCUCCCGCUGCGGGCAUGUGCAGUCUGUGGACAUCUGUGACAAGCCAGGGCCAGGAGAGAAAAAAGAAAAGCCGACGUCCAAAUUCUUCAACCGCAAAACUAUAACGGGAUUUCAAGUAGCAUAUGUGGUGUUCAGGAAACCAGCGGGUGUCCAGGCAGCCAAGGCUCUGUCACAGGAAGGUCCCUUGCUAAUAUCAACAGAGACCCACCCUGUGAAAACCGGCAUUAGCAAGUGGAUUGCCAGCUAUGAGGCUUCUGUCGUGGAUCCGAAGGAGCUUAAGGCUGAGGUGGAUGCCUACAUGCAAGACUAUGACAAAAAGAUGGCAGAGGAAGAAGCCAAAGCGGCCAAGGAGGAGGGUGUUCCAGAUGAGGAGGGCUGGGUGAAGGUAACGCGAAAGGGCCGGAAGCCUGGCCUGCCCCGGACAGAGGCUGCCAAUCUGCGGGUGCUGGAGAAGGAGAAACAGAAAAGGGCCCGCAAAGAGCUGCUCAACUUCUAUGCCUGGCAGCAUCGCGAGACCAAGAGAGAGCACAUUGCCCAGUUGAGGAAGAAAUUCGAGGAGGACAAGCAGAGGAUUGCGUUGAUGCGAGCCCAGCGCAAGUUUCGGCCGUACUAAGUUAUGCUGAGCUGUUCCUCAGGUGCCUGUGCUGGAGAGGAUGGGAGAAGAUGCCUACUGACUCCAUUUGCCAAAGGAUUUCAAGGACUUGAGGCAGCUUUGGGUUGUCUCUGCCCUUGGAUCUGAAACGGGAGAUCCCAGCAACUGCUGCUGGAGAGGAGUUCUCUUUACUUGCACCAGUAUCCUCCUGCUCUCCUGGCUGUUAUUUGGCCCUGUGGCACCACUUCCCAGGGUGCUCAGGUCAGGGGGGCUGAGGCACAUUCUGUGACAACCUGUAUCUCCCUGCCACCUCAGGCUCUCCUAAAGCUUGGUGAGAACUGGGAUUGACCUAGCACAGCCUCUGCAGGGGCAGAGAAUGGCUGAAGAACUGUAAAUAAACUGCUGCUACGUUCUCAAAGCAUGGGAAUGCUUCUCUCUCACCCUAGUCUGCUGUGGGGAACGACUUCUUGUGUGCUGGGCUGGCAGUAAAACUCAUGGCUUGUAA